AUGUACAUUGCCUCACAAAAGGACCAUCUUCAUGUUGUUGAAUGUCUAGUGAAUACAGGAGCUGAUGUGAAGAGAGCAAACGAGCGAGGCAGGACACCCCUUUAUAUGGCGUCACAUGCAGGUCAUGUGGAAAUUGUAGAGUACCUAACUUCUCAAGGCGCGAACCCGAAUUCGUUUGAUAACGAUUGCGUAACACCCCUGUACACUGCUUCACAAGAGGGUCAUCUUCAUGUUGUUGAAUGUCUAGUGAAUGCAGGAGCUGAUAUGAAGAGAGCAACGGAGCAAGGCCACAAGCCUCUUCAUAUGGCGUCAUAUGUAGGUCAUGUAGACAUUGUAAAAUAUCUAAUUUCUCAAGGCGCGAACCCGAAUUCGGUUAAUAACAAUGGUGAAACACCCCUGUACUUUGCCUCACAAGAGGGUCAUCUUCAUGUUGUUGAAUGUCUAGUGAAUACAGGAGCUGAUGUGAAGAGAGCAAACGAGCGAGGCAGGACACCCCUUUAUAUGGCGUCACAUGCAGGUCAUGUGGAAAUUGUAGAGUACCUAACUUCUCAAGGCGCGAACCCGAAUUCGUUUGAUAACGAUUGCGUAACACCCCUGUACACUGCUUCACAAGAGGGUCAUCUUCAUGUUGUUGAAUGUCUAGUGAAUGCAGGAGCUGAUAUGAAGAGAGCAACGGAGCAAGGCCACAAGCCUCUUCAUAUGGCGUCAUAUGGUCAUCUUCCUGUUGUUGAAUGUCUAGUGAAUGCAGAAGCUGAUGUGAAUCGAGCAACUAAGCAAGGCAGGACACCUCUUCAUACGGCGUCACAUGCAGGUCAUGUAGAUAUUGUAAAAUAUCUAAUUUCUCAAGGCGCGAACCCGAAUUCGGUUGAUAACGAUGGUGAUACACCCCUGUACAUUGCCUCACAUAAGGGCCAUCUUCAUGUUGUUGAAUGUCUAGUGAAUACAGAAGCUGAUGUGAAGAUAGCAACUGAGCAAGGCAGGACACCUCUUCAUACAGCGUCAUAUGCAGGUCAUGUAGACAUUGGUCAUCUUCAUGUUGUUGAACGUCUAGUGAAUGCAGAAGCUGAUGUGAAGGUAGCAACUAAGCAAGGCAGGACACCUCUUCAUACGGCGUCAUAUACAGUGAAUGCAGAAGCCGAUGUGAAUCGAGCAACUGAGCGGGGCAAUACACCUCUUCAUACGGCGUCAUAUGCAGGUCAUGUAGACAUUGUAGAAUAUCUAAUUUCUCAAGGCGCGAACCCGGAUUCGGUUGAUAACGAUGGUGAUACACCCCUGUACAUUGCGUCACACAAGGGUCAUCUUCAUGUUGUUGAAUGUCUCGUGAAUGCAGAAGCUGAUGUGAAGGUAGCGACUGAGCGGGGCAAUACACCUCUUCGUGCGGCGUCAUAUGCAGGUCAUGUAGACAUUGUAAAAUAUCUAAUUUCUCAAGGCUCGAAUCCGAAUUCGGUUGAUAACGACGGCUAUUCACCUCUAUGUGUUGCUUCUCAAGUGGGUCAUCUCGAUGUCGUUGAAUGUCUUGUUAGUGCAGGAGGAGAUGUUAACAAACCAGCAAAUGAUGGUGAUCUACCACUUCAUGCUGCCUCUCGUGGGGGCUACCUUGACAUUAUAAACUAUCUCAUCACGAAAGGAGCAGAUAUCGAGGCACGUAAUACUUUCGGUUGGACAGUUUUUCAUUUCGUAGCAGGUGAUGGUCAUUUGGAAUCGUUGGAAUAUUUCUUACGGAACAACACUAGCGCCACAUUGGGAAAUAGUCACGACGCCCUUGAACUGGGACUUAAGGUAUUGUAG